AUGGUUUUCAUAUGUCAACAGUACAAGAACACAGUUUUUUAUGCAACACUUUAUGAUACAAUCAAUAGAAUUCCUGUAUACAGUGCAUUAGAACUAGACUUAACUUAUAAAGGUACACGACUCGAUGACAAGUUUUUCAUAGAGCCAAUGCUAGCAACUAAUUGGGGAGGUGGAGAUUUUAACAUGAUCAAAUUUGAAUCUUCUAAACAUUCAAAGUUUGGAAAAAAGCAAGCAUUAGGUACGGACUACAGUAACAGUGGAUAUGAUAAAGGCCAUGUAAAUCCCCAACUGUUUAAUGCCUUAAACAAUGACAGUAGAUAUGCAACAAAUUCCCUUACCAAUAUUGCUCCCUAA